ACAAGAGCUUAACUGAUACCUAGAAUAUUAUUGCAAUGCCAGAAGCAUUUCUUAAGUUUCAAAGUUUGUGGAAACCUGAAGGAGAAAGUUCUGACAGGCAUACAGUAAAGGUAAAGUUUUAGCUGAUACUAUAAAUAUCCUGGUUCCCAGCAAAGCAAAAGAAAAAAUCCCGUAAUACUGCAUAUUUGAAAAUUUUCUCAUUUUAUUGUUGUUUAAAGUAUAAACACUUCACAUGAGUCCUAAUCCACUGUAGCAGGCAAGCUCAUGCUCACUUUAAGCAGGUUAGCAUUCCAGUUCAGCUCAAGGGGAUGAGCAUAUUACUCAAGUGAUUUGUUUGAGCAUUGUCUAAAUUAAAAAUUCACAAUGGCCUGAAGAGAAUGUUGCUAUAUUUCCACAUUGUUUGCAGCAGACAGCCUACACGUCAGAGUAUCCUUCUUACUUGUGUGGGCACACGAAGAAACCACUUGCAAAGUGUUGUUUUACUAUUGUAGGAUCAAGACAUUUAAACCAAACCUUUCAAGCAGUCGAUGGAGUACAAUCUGAAAGAUUAAAGAAAAUCCAGAUGGGGUGCAGGUGCUGCAAAAUGAUACAAAGCUAUAUUUUUGAUUCAGAAGAAGUACAAUCUGGAUGCAUUCAUGAAGUGAACAGCUACCAACACAAUGAGCAAGGAAGCUAUAAAUCCAAAUUCAAAGAGAAUAGUGAAAUUCAAGAACACAUAAAUGAACUCCAGAAGGAUGAGCUAAACAGAACAGAAAAUAAACCCCAGGUAAAUAGUACAAAAGAAACUCUCUGGAACCACAGAGGCCAUGAUUUUCAAGAUGAUAGCCUUGUGAAGCGUGUUGCAAAGCUUGAUGUUGCAGUCAAUGGUGGUAACUCCUGCACUGGAGUGCACCCCAUGCUCAGUCCCAACACAAACCCAGGGAAAGAAGCCAGUGAACAGGGACCCUCCAGCCAGUCAGUGGAGUCUCCUUCAGCCAGCAACAGAGACUUUUAUACCAAAUUAUAUGGGUCUGGACAGGACCUUGACCUGGAGGCAGGCAGGCAGAGGAAGGCAGCCUGCAAAAAGCCAAACAAUAUUCAAGAUGAGACUUCCCAGUCUGAAGAUGAUAGCAUCUUUCUCAAAGGAGGUGCAAUACUGGAGACACAAAACAAUGCCAUACAACUACCAGAUAUUGAUUAUCCUCAAAAUGGCGAUGAGACCAGGAAUUAUGUGGAAAAAGAUAGCUUUUCAGUCAACUGUGCACAUCCAGACCAAAACACCCGGCCUUCAGCAACACAGGACCAGGACUUUUGUGUAACCCCACCUUCAUCUAUCAAGGAGAGCAGUAUUGAACCUUUUAAACCUGACUCUGCAAGUUUGAGUGAGAGCACUCCUGGUGUUAUUGCUGCCGUGGCUGUUACCAAAGUAGCACAGGCACCCACACGCCCUGACCACACAGGCAUCAAGGGAGAAAUUGAGGAGGAAGAUGCAGAAGUAGCAGCAGCUCUGGCUGCACUGGAUGCUGCAACUGCAGGGGAAGACCUGGAAGAUGAAGACGAGUACUAGAUGAAGGUUUCUUUUUAAUACACUGGGUAAGAUCCAGAUUUUAUUUCUGGAUCUAUAUGAACACAUGCACAGCACAUGUGGACAGCUGUUAUAAACAGCAUAUAUAAAAGGAGCUGGGACUAAAACUAUGUCCCUUCAGGUGUUUUAUACAGCCUUUUAGUUUCUACUGCCCAAUGUACAGAAGUGCCCCUUGGUUAAUGGUAAUACUAACACUCUUCUCUGGGCCAACCAGAAAGACAAAGCAUCAUUUCUGCCACACAGGAUAUUCUGCUGUAUACCCACCUCACCUGGGCUCAUGCAAACAUUUCCUUUGGUUUUGACCCUCAAGAGGGUCUGCACACACUGCAUGUUCCAGGUUCAGAUCACUUCCAUUAUUUAAAACAGAACUAUAGAAGCCAUAGAGUUUAAAACCACAGAUUUUCAUCAUGUUAGGACAAAAAAAUAAAACCAACCCAAAGUUCUAUGAUCUAAUGAAGUAUGAAAUAGGGAAGACAGCUUGGCUUGCACUUCACUGCAGUUAUGGUUCAAUUGCUGCUUAAACUUAAGUAUGUGCAUGUGCAGCUGACCUCACCUCUUCCCUUACCCCUCCCCUGGACUUUGUUUGAUACCCCAAGUGACCUACUUCAGUUCAUUUAAACAGCAGAAGCCUAGCCAAAUCUAAGAGUGGGUAACUUUCUGUUGGUUUAAUCAGCUGAAGUAGCUCAUAGGAGAACUGCACACACAUUAUCAGAGGUGCUGGAAAGGGAUCAAAACUCAGUCCUACCAGUUAGGAUGGAUUAAAACUGUUGUAAAACUACAGUCUGAGACCUCUCAACUCUGCUGAAUUUUCCAGGCACACAUCACUUGCCUUAACAAUACAGUUUGCAAACAGGUUUUGUCUCAAACUUCCCCAGCAGGAUGUGUUUUGUUUAUAUAAAAAACAGCAAGAGCCAGUGCAGACCCAUCCCUGCCUCUGCUGCAGUCCUUAAACUUACAGCAGGAAAGGGAUUGAGCUUCCAAGUUGAAUUAAGCAUAAGAUCUGAAAAUAUCAGAGCUGUAUUCCUGGAGUGUUUACCCUUUCUCUCAUCUUCAGACUAGUAUGUUAACUGUUCUUGCAGGAAGCAAAGGAGAUGGACCAACUUGGUGCUGCCAUUUCAUCAAAAGUAGAAUCUUAAUGGUUGAAACAGAAAGUGCUUGACAUUUAUAUUGACAUUUUGUGGUUUCUGAGUCUGUUAUAAACUCUUAAUAAAUUUUUUAAUCCUAUG